AUGGCAGUUCAGCUGACGCAUUUUUAUUUUGUGUGGCUUUUUCUAGCAGGCGCUGUCCAGUUUUCAUCAACCCAGGAAUCAGAAGCAGAGCCGAUGUGUAUGGUAGAAUAUCAGAAACUCGGAUGUUUCAAAGACAACAAAAAGAGCCCUCGGCUUUUAGAGAAACUUAUUUUUACUGAUCGUGAGGAUCCUCAGUCUCCUGUUCGUAGUAAUUUUAGCAUAGACUGGGGGAGUUGGAACACGUACUUGCCAAAGUUAGCCUGCAGAUGCGCGGAGAAGGCUGCGGAGAACAAGUUCACCCAUUUUGGCUUGCAGUUUUACGGAAAAUUUUGCAACACACCUGUGGAUAUCAUAAUAGCUCUGGAUGCAUCUGGUAGUGUGCUCAAAGAAAACUGGGAUAAAAGCGUAGAUUUUGCCACGCAGCUCGGCAAGAAGCUACUUACCUUAAACGCAGAAAGUCGAAUGGGAGUCAUUGACUUCAGUCAGGUUGCUGAUGAGGCUAUUGAACCAUCUGGCGACCAAAAACUUCUGGAAUGGAAAUUGAAUGACUUGAAAAACAGGUAUCAAAACGGAAACACAAGAACAGAGCUCCCUCUGAAAAAGGCGGCUGAAAUAUUUCAGAGAAUCAACCGAAGUUCAGCGAAGAAAGUGCUUAUGAUAUUGACUGAUGGUCAAACGACACCACUGAAUUACAAGCCUGGAAAGGAAUUAAUACAAGAGCCCAUGAACAGCUUGAGAACCAUGGGGGUACAUGUUAUCGCUGUAGGAAUUGGCGCGUUGGUUAACAAUAAGGAGUUGAAUAUAAUGGCCUCUGAACCGAAAAAUGAAAAUGUAGUUCAUGUCCAGGAUUAUGAUAAGGUCUUGACGAUAAUGGAAUCAAUAACUCAGAUCGUCUGCUCAGCAGAAGAGCCCCAGUCCCCCGAGUCUCUACUGCCGUCUGUUGCUCCCGCCGAACCUAUCAGCAUAAAAGCUGAGCCGAUGUGUAUGGUAGAAUAUCAGAAACUCGGAUGUUUCAAAGACAACAAAAAGAGCCCUCGGCUUUUAGAGAAACUUAUUUUUACUGAUCGUGAGGAUCCUAAGUCUCCUGUUCGUAGUAAUUUUAGCAUAGACUGGGGGAGUUGGAACACGUACUUGCCAAAGUUAGCCUGCAGAUGCGCGGAGAAGGCUGCGGAGAACAAGUUCACCCAUUUUGGCUUGCAGUUUUACGGAGAAUGUUGGUCAAGUCCAGAGGCCGCUGAAAAGUAUAACCAACUUGGUCCAGCUUCAUCAGACAGCUGUUUGACCAGUGACUAUCAGCCUUGCCCUGAAGAUCCAAAAGCUAUAGACGUAGAGUGUGUAGGGAAAACUUUUGUAAACUAUGUUUACACCAUACGAAAGAGUGAAGAUGCACGUUGUCCAGUUCCUUUUAAACCUGUUGGCUGUUUUAAGGAUAAUCAGAAGAGGAAUGCUCGACCACUCGAUGAGCUGCUUCUUACAUAUCGCGAUCCAAACAGUCCCAAAUAUAGCGGAACUAGAAUCGACUGGGGAGAGUGGGACGAUUACUUGAAUGACUUAGUGUGUCGCUGUGCUGAGAAGGCAAAAGAAAAGAAAUACUCUCACUUUGGGUUGCAGUAUCACGGUGAGUGUUGGUCGGGGCCUGAGGCAGGUGAAACGUUCAGCAAGAAUGGACCUUCAGAGGCAGAUAAUUGCAUUGGACGAGGAUUCAAAACAUGCAAUCCCUUGGUUGAUGACAUCUGUGUGGGAAGAGAAAAGACCAACUUUGUUUUCUCACUUUAUUAG